AAAGAAGGUAAUUAAAAUAGAAUUUAUUUGGAGAAAUAUCGGUAGUUUGGUUCCUUUCGUUAGAAGACAAGUCCACGAGACAUAUUGUCAUACAUUCAUGACCCUUAAAAGUCAAUAUCAUUUAGUGUUCUUUCGAAAACAGAAGAGCAUUCAAGUUCAUAGCCUUGGACCUCACUAAGUUUGGAAAUUACCACCAUACGACAAUUUUCCAAAAGGCUUUUUAACCGGAUUGCAUCUGUUGUGGAGAGUUUUCCAUGCUGAACGAGUUUGAGACUCAAGCCAUCUAAAACCGACAAUGCUCGAAACAUUGGUUCAGGUGCCGGUGGAAAAGCAACAAUCGCAUCAAUAAAAAAGUCCAACCCUCGUAGAAUAGCGUUGACAGCCAAGAAUGAGUCUCUUUGCAUAGGCAUAGCAUCCAGCACUUGAAAGUAUGGCUCGAGAUCACGAAUUAAUUCAUCAAGUGAUUGAAAGCCCCCAGGAUGAAAUCUGCGAAUUUGAUUAGUUACGAUUCAAUCGAACGUUUGCUCAAAAGAGCCUUUCUUGCGUUUACAAGAUCCUACUUUUUUUGAAAGUUUUGAGAAACAUUUAGUAACUGUUCAUCCAAGUAAUCUCUAAGGUGAUUUAGCUGACUUUCACUCAAUUCUUUCAUUAUUACAGGAAAUUGAAGUUGUAUGUAAUAUCAUCGCAGAAAGAGUACAGCAAAGAAACAUCUGCGUGUGCUAGCCAAGGCAAACACCAAGGAUGAAAACAGUAUACUUAAGAAAUCCGAUCAGGGAUUUAUGUUGACGAUUUAAAUAAGCGCUGAAUAUAAGAAGAAUAGAAACAAUUAGUAAAAUGGUUGUUUGCAGUUUCAAGCGUCAUUGGUAAUAAGUAUCCUCAACAAAAUCAGUGCAGAUUGUUUCUUUCAAUACGUUUUAAAGAAUAAUUAUUUUUGGCUGAACGCUAUUCGUUUGAAAGCUACUUGUUCUAUGAACGUUCAUAAAUACGUUACAGAGCAGAACAUGCAUGCUAAAUACUUCGAUGACAGUAUAUAAAUUAUUUUAUUAAAGCAUAAGUCUUGAUUUUUGCGAGGACUUGGAAAUGGUCUGUUUAGUAUGCAAGUUGCUCAAUAACCAAUACAUUAUGCUAAUUUUCAUAAUACUGAAUACACAUGGGUUAUCUCUUUCUUAGCACAGGACUCUGGAUCAUUUGGUUGUUGAAGCUUUUUUAUGGACUUGGGCGCAUCGAUGAGACAAGCCAAAACUUACCAAAGUACCUUUCUUUAUCACCCUUGCCGUUUGUAUACAAUUGGCAAGCAUCAUGGACAUGCCAUGGGUACACGGGUUUGUUUGAAAGGAUAUAGCAAAGACAACCGUAUCUUCGUGUCUUGCGCUAUAAUCCUAAUAGAAACUAGCUACUUAAUAAAUUCAGAUUCAGAUUCAGACUCAGACGAAAAGACCCUCCGAAACUUUGUCAAGACUAGGAGAAUGGACAAGGAGCAUCUAGAUACUACGAUGUAUUCCAAGUUUUGUGGCAAUGUUCUACUCAUUCUACAAUCACUCAUCCAUGCUGUUUUUUGGAUUGGCCCACUUGAUAACCUUGCUACUAGUCUUCAUUUCUUUAUUUUAUUUUUAUUUUAUUUUUUUUGUUUUUAGACUUUCAAGGAUCCUUUUAGUAACCCAAGUAACCCAAAUAAUUAUGAUUCUGAGAGUAACCAAAAGUGAAACGUAAACAGACUUGAAUU